UUCGAUCACUGUCAACAUGGCAGCUUCCAUUCGCUAUGUUCCGUGCAAGACGUGCGGGUAUCACAAGUCAUUUUCAAGACAUAAGUUUCACAGAUUCUUCUCGAAAAAAUGCCAGGGUGGAGUCGGGAUGGAGAAGUGUCGUGGGGCUGGAGAUACAUGCCCAGAUACAGUCCAUGUCCAAGCUGUUCUCUGCCUCAGCUACGAAGUAUGGAAGUCCAAUAAACACACAAGUCUCCUUCUUUGAUGCUGCCCUGCCUGGCACCCUGCCGGUCCUGAACCGAGAGUGUGUCGCCGCAGGUGUGCUCACAGCACUGGCCCUCAACUGUCACGUCAACCAAGUGUCCAAGUUUGACAGAAAACACUACUUCUAUGCUGACCUUCCGGCAGGCUACCAGAUCACCCAGCAGCGACAACCCCUGGCAGUGGGUGGAGAGGUGGACUACAUGACUGUGGAACCCAACAGGAAGCUACCCCCGACACAAAGGAAGGUCCGACUGAUCCAGCUGCAGCUGGAACAAGACAGCGGGAAGAGUCUCCAUGACCCCACAGGUCACAUCAGUCUCAUCGACCUCAACCGAGCAGGUGUUGGUCUGAUGGAGAUUGUGACAGAGCCAGACUUCAACAAUGGAGAAGAUGCUGCAGCGUUUGUGAAGGAGCUGCAGCUGAUACUGCAGACCCUGGGGACUUGUGAUGGCAAGAUGGCAGAGGGCUCAUUGCGAGUGGAUGCCAACAUCUCAGUACACAGGCCAGGAGAACCACUUGGGGUGAAGAGCGAGGUGAAGAAUAUCAACAGCACCAGGGGUGUCGCCAAGGCGAUAAACUUUGAAAUAAAACGUCACAUCAGUGAACUGGAAGCUGGUCGCGAGAUUGUCAAUGAAACCAGGUCAUUUGAAUCUCACAGUGGAAAGACAGUUGCAAUGAGAGACAAGGAGAGACUGAUUGACUACCGCUUCAUGCCAGAGCCAAACCUGCCUCCCCUUCAUGUGUACUCAACCGUCCCAGACCAAACCAGGCCGCAGGUCAUCCUCAUAGACCAAGUACAGGCCACCAUGCCGGAACUCCCUGCCCAAACGCGCUCACGUCUGCAGGAACAAUAUGGCCUCUCUUUGUCUGUGGUCCUUACUCUCAUUAAUGAAAGGAUGGUGUCCUACUUUGAGACUGUGAUGAAAGAGAAGACUCGAGACGCCAAGUCUGUGGCCAACCUGCUUGUCAACGAACUGCUUGGACAGCUCAACUCACUGUCACGGACCUUCCCCGACAGCCCCAUUUCUACAGAACAGUUUGGAGAGUUGUACGACAUGUUCCAGAGAAGAGAGGUGUCGUUUGACAUCGUGAGGAAGGUGUUGGGCGAGAUGAGUCUGCACCCCGACAGCAACCCCCGGAGGAUUGUGACGGCCAAUGACUGGUUCCAGAUACAGGACGUGGACAGACUCACACCAGCAUGUGAAGAAGCGGUUCAGCAACAGCAACGAUCUGUGGAGGAAUACAAGCGGGGGAACUACAAGUCGAUCAGGAGACUGGUGAACCACGUGCAGAGGAACAUGGAACAUCGCGCUGACCCAGUGGUGGUCAUACAAAUACUGAAGAACUUGAUGGACUGAUGGAUUGUUACAUGGAAUAAACUAUACAUUCACA